AUGCUACAAUGAGCAGCUUCUUAGAUUACUCUGUGAUGAGCGGCGACGGCGGGUCCUGCUCAGUCAGGGCUUUCCACUCCGACCACGGAAUUACUACAUUCCAGUCCUGUGCAGUCACCGUGAACAACUGUGGGGCGGAUGAGCGCUUCAUGCCCAAUAGGUCUUCCCCGGAUGGCAUCCCUCACCAAACGGGGUCCUACCAGACUCCUACUGGCUCUCUGGGUUUAGCCUAUGGGGCCCAUCCUGCUUGCGGCUCAGGCUAUGGACCCCAGGGCUUCUGUGCCACCUACAACCAUUACGCACUGAACCAGGAAGUGGAGUCGGCCACGGGUUUCCCCCAGUGCGCCCCAUUAAUGUACUCCGGCAACAUUUCCUCGUCCAUGGUACCACAGCUUCGCCAAGGUUACGGGGGAGCGCCCAUGGGUCAGCUCCAGUACGCUCACGCCACCUAUGGUGGCGGGCACGAGCAGGCGAACCUGCCUCCAUUCUCUGGGUGUUCAAACCCGCUGUCACCCCUGCACGCGGCCCACCUUGACUCGUGCUGCUCGCCCCUGUCCUCCGAGAGCGCCUCCAACGCACAGACCUUCGAUUGGAUGAAAGUGAAGAGGAACCCGCCCAAGACAGGCAGAUCAGGGGAGUAUGGCUAUGGGGGGCAGUCCAACACCGUCCGGACCAACUUCACCACCAAACAACUCACCGAGCUUGAGAAGGAGUUCCACUUCAACAAGUAUUUGACCCGCGCGCGGCGCGUGGAGAUCGCGGCAGCGCUUCAGCUGAACGAGACUCAGGUCAAAAUCUGGUUCCAGAACCGCAGGAUGAAACAGAAGAAGCGCGAGAAGGAAUGCCUGCUGCCCACCAAUGCCGCAGUGUCAGACCCGAGGGAUAGCUGCCCGGAAAAAGCAGCCGGAUCUGAGAGGUCCCUCUCCGCUCCCUCCACCCCGUCUCCAGCCUCUUCAACAGUGUCCUCUGGGGUUGACCCAUACUCCUCCAGCUAA